AUCAAAUGAAUGAACAGUGUGGCUUCAAUGUAACACAUUUCACCAUCGUUAGUUUCAUCGUUGACACUGAGCUGUCACAUAAUGCUUUCUCUCAUCUCUUCUCGCGUUGUUUGUGAAUGAAAUGAAGUUGGUAUACACCAACUACUUUCUUUCUUCUUUGUAAACAGGUCAGCACGUUGCCUGCUUGUGUUUCUGAUUGCAUUGUCUUUACAAAUAGAUGCCUAGCAAUGGUCAGUAUCUGUCGGCUCGAUAGUAUAAGAGCACACAAGAGGAAAUGUCUCCGUGUACACCCCCUCCCUCUGGAGGAGAAUGGAACUGACCGACUGAUAUAAAUGAGACCGGCAGCGCUCCGCUGACGUCGUUGUUGGGGCAUUGUUGAAGCAGGGGGAGCGUGUAGAGAGAGGGAACAGCGGCUCCAGACUUUAGACAGCUUCUGGGGGGUUUAGUGUUGUUUAGGCAGAUAGAACAAGGAAUUCAAGGCUUCUCGAACAACUUCACCGUCAUAGGGGCCACAGAUCGGUAUAGAUAUAGACACACCAACAUUAAUGACUGCGCGCUAGCAGAGCUACCGUUAACACUUCCUGUUGCUUUAAAGAGGCACACAAAGGAUAUGAUGCGGUUGAUCUGAUAAAUACUUACCGUAAACUGGAGUUGUGUAAAUGGUGGAGGGAGAGAACUGUUAACUCCACAUCCUCUGCAACACAGACUCAGACCUCCAGCUGUGUAGUAACCUGCAGUCAGUGGAGCUCUGUGGUCUCUGUCAGUAACAUCUCUCUGGAUGUGUCAGCCUCUUAAUACUAGUAAUAGUAUGUGAUCUGAAUCCACCGUGCUGCUGAACCUCUGAGUGCUUGUUGGCUCCAUUAGUGCGUGUUUCACGUUAGUUCACCGGAUGUUCAGAGCUGCCAUUAUGGCGAGAAUCGUGAAAAGAGAUAUGCAGAAGACUCACAUCCUGAAACUAAAAGAAGGCAGCUAGCUAGCUAGCUAACGUUUGCAGAGCUCUCGGCUAGCUGCUCAUGUGGCCUCCCUGCUAGCCUGCUAGCGGGUUGGCUGUCUGGAGGAAGCAGAGUUGUCGUGUUGUCCUCCAGUCUCAGUGUGUUUCUUGUGUAUGUGACUGUAAUGUAGUGGCUGUAGUCCCCGUGUCUAUACCAGUCAGGGUAACGGUGGUGUGUGAAGUAGAAGGAGGGUUCAGUUAGCAUUUGGCUAACAGGCUAGUUAGUUAGCUAGCUGAGCUAAAGCUAACGCGGUACUGUUGGCUAACGUUACUCGUUACAAAGUAACGACAGCAGCACUGACUGCUGUAGAGUUUCAGUGACCGUGAAGGAACGAAGAGUUGUGUUCCUUCAGACUAACGAUGACAACAACAGCAACAGGAGAGGCCCUGUUCCUGCUAAAGGAUGUGAAGCCCGGCUCCAAGAACCUCAACAUCGUCUUCAUCGUGUUGGAGAUCGGACGAGUGACCAAAACCAAAGAUGGUCAUGAGGUGCGCUCGUGCAAGGUGGCAGACAAGAGCGGGAGCAUCGCCAUCUCCGUCUGGGACGAGCUGGGCAGCCUUAUCCAGGCAGGGGACAUCAUCAAGUUGACCAGAGGCUAUGCAUCCAUAUGGAAGGGCUGCCUGACCCUAUACACUGGAAGAGGAGGCGAUCUACAGAAGAUUGGAGAGUUCUGCAUGGUGUAUUCAGAAGUGCCCAACUUCAGUGAACCAAACCCAGAGCUGCUAAACCAAACAAACCAGCAAAACAAGUCUGGUAAACCAGACCAGAAUCAGAGGGGAAACUCUCCGCCCAAUCAGAAUUCAGGUACACCUGCCCCACCAGGUAACGGUGCCAUGCCCCCAUUUGCCAACAACAACCCACCACCUGGUGCACCCCGUGACCCUGCGUUCGGGAGCAUUGGGCGACCCAACGGUCGGUCACCUGGCAACGGAGCGCCAGUUACUGCUGCAGGACCCCCAGCUGCCGCAAAGUCUUCAGUUACCAUUAGCAACGGCAGGGACCCACGGCGUGCCAAAAGAUGAAAUUGGGGUUGGGGGGGAUCAUGCGGGGAAAACUAUGGACAUCCCCAUUUCCCCCUGCUCCUUUUUGUUUUCUUUUUUUCUUACAUUUCUGCCCCUUCUCAUCACAGCCUAUAUUGGCUUUCAAAACAAUGAAUUAAAUAUAGGGACUGCUUGCAUACAUUUUAUACAGGCCAACAUAGUCAGAUGUGUCGUUUGUCAUGCGUAGUAUUCUCAGUAAGCAGCACAGUGUGAUUGAUCUACCACUUGAUGCACUAGCGGGACUUCUUUUAUAGUCGAGCCUUGGUGGUUGAGUUGUGGUCAGCCUUCUCAAUCUACACCCCCGUCUCCUAAAUCUCACUGCAAAUUGCCAGUUCUGUGCCAGUGUUUCCUCUCCCAUACACUGUCCUAACCCCCUUCCCUGUUAUGUUCUUUCAAACUAUACACCCUACUUGAACACUUGAUGCACUUUCUUCUCUUAAUUUAUGUCGGGGCAAACAUUGCCGUCAUUUAAAUCAGGAAAUCCGUUUCUGCUUUUUAGUGGAAAAGGCCUUAAAUUGGUGAAAAUGAGCUCUUGGACUGAAUGCACGAGCAAAAUUCUUCAAAGGGUCUUCUCCCUCUUAACCGAACUGUAUCCGAAGUGAAUCUGUGAAAGGAAAGGUGUUAGUUUAGAAUCUUUAAUAAUAGGUAGGUAGAUUGAUAUUAAACUGUUUUUUUGUUCAUCAGUUGUACCUUGAUCAAGGUGGGCUCACUUAAAUACUGGCAAAAUGGUUCACAGAAUAAAUUUUACAGCAGUUCUGCAGCCACAUGUAGCCUGUUUGACAGAUAAACACAGGUUAAUGUCAAAUGUAUGUCAAGUACUGCACAUAAGGUAUAAAACUUCUUAGUAAUGUGGCUAAAACAAACAAAUUGUGUCUGUUAACAUGCAACAUUUACCUUGAGUAAAGAUUUGUUUUAUUUGUUUAGACUUUGUUCAAACCUUUUCUGGAGAUGUUUGCAACUGGUAUUAAAGGUAUCAUAUUCAAA